GCAGGGAGGCCUUUGCUGAAGGGUAUGCAAAUCAGACGCUGAGUGGAGAGGGUGCCGGAGGAUGUGCCCCGGCAGGGUCAGCCUUGGUGGCUGUUCUCAGUUCCCUUUUCACCCGAGAACCUCAGCGCCUGGGUGGUGCUUGGCCAGCAUCCAGCCCCUGCCUUUCUCAUGGCUUUCUGAGCUGCCCUUGUGCGGUCUUGGGAAGUCCCAUCCCCACUGUGCUGCAGCGCCUGCCUGGGAGCUCACGCAGCCCGGCCCCUAGGGGUGUCUGGGGCAGUGGCCAGAGCCUGCACUUCAAGGACUGUGGUUUCACGGAGGCCUGGAACCUCUGCUUCCCCUCCCCUGUCUAUGAAAUGGGGUUGGUCUCCCCUCUGUUCUCAGCUGUGAGCACUGAAGCUGAGUCACGAGUCGGGGUGCAGCUGUGUGAAGUGUGGAACCAUUGAGAAGACGCAAGCAAGUACAGAGGAACCAGGCAGCCACCAGCUGCAGCUCCCCGAACUCAGCCCUGUGGCCCGCCUGUGUGAGUGGCAUGCGGCACCCUUCCGCUGGCCCUGUGUCCUCCGGCCUGCUGUGCAGCCCCCCUAGGAGGCCCUGACGCCCUGGGGCACUUCUGCUCUGCACAGGACCACGUGGGGGUUUGCCAUGGUGACAUAAAGGGGCGCAGAGGAAGGAAGGAGCCAGACCAGCCUGCAGACUGCGCCCCUGGCGGGGAGGAAGGCCGGGGCCCCGUCUUCCUCUCCCACUGCCCACCGUGGGCUCCGCUUCCUAAGUCUCUGUGAAUUUCUUGGUCAGUGGACAACUCUUGUGUCUCCCGUGUGGAGCCUCGGGGUGGCCAGGGCAGGCCAGGCCUCCGGCCGCUGCGGUCUCGGGGGCCAGGAUGCCUGCCCUGGCGUGCCUGCGGAGGCUGUGUCGGCACGUGUCCCCACAGGCUGUCCUUUUCCUGCUGUUCGUCUUCUGCCUGUUCAGUGUUUUCGUCUCAGCCUACUACCUGUACGGCUGGAAGCGGGGCCUGGAGCCCUCGGUGGACGCCCCCGAGUCCGACUGCGGGGACCCACCGCCUGUGGCCCCCAGUCGCCUGCUGCCACUCAAGCCUGUGCAGCCGGUUACCCCAUCUCGCACAGACCCACUGGUCCUGGUGUUUGUAGAGAGCCUCUACUCGCAGCUGGGCCAGGAGGUGGUGGCCAUCCUGGAGUCCAGUCGCUUCAAGUACCGCACAGAGAUCGCACCGGGCAAGGGGGACAUGCCCACACUCACCGACAAAGGCCGCGGCCGCUUCGCCCUCAUCAUCUACGAGAACAUCCUCAAGUACGUCAACCUGGACGCCUGGAACCGGGAGCUCCUGGACAAGUACUGUGUGGCCUACGGUGUGGGCAUCAUUGGCUUCUUCAAGGCCAACGAGAACAGCCUGCUGAGUGCACAGCUCAAGGGCUUUCCGCUGUUCCUGCACUCGAACCUGGGCCUCAAGGACUGCAGCAUCAACCCCAAGUCCCCGCUGCUCUACGUGACGCGGCCCAGUGAGGUGGAGAAGGGCGUGCUGCCCGGUGAGGACUGGACCGUGUUCCAGUCGAAUCACUCCACCUACGAGCCUGUGCUGCUGGCCAAGACGCGCUCCUCUGAGUCCAUCCCACACCUGGGGGCCGACGCCGGCCUGCACGCCGCGCUGCACGCCACUGUGGUGCAAGACCUGGGCCUCCACGACGGCAUCCAGCGCGUGCUGUUUGGCAAUAACCUCAACUUCUGGCUGCACAAACUCGUCUUUGUGGACGCUGUGGCCUUCCUCACUGGGAAGCGCCUGUCACUGCCCUUGGACCGCUACAUCCUGGUAGACAUUGACGACAUCUUUGUGGGCAAGGAGGGCACACGCAUGAAGGUGGAGGACGUGAAGGCCCUGUUUGAUACACAGAAUGAGCUACGCACCCACAUCCCAAACUUCACCUUCAACCUGGGCUACUCAGGGAAAUUCUUCCACACAGGUACGGAUGCGGAAGACGCAGGGGACGACCUGUUGCUGUCAUAUGUGAAGGAGUUCUGGUGGUUCCCCCACAUGUGGAGCCACAUGCAGCCCCACCUUUUCCACAAUCAGUCGGUGCUGGCUGAGCAGAUGGCCCUGAACAAGAAGUUCGCUGUCGAGCACGGUAUCCCCACGGACAUGGGGUAUGCUGUGGCACCCCACCACUCGGGUGUGUACCCUGUGCACGUGCAGCUGUACGAGGCAUGGAAGCAGGUGUGGAGCAUCCGUGUGACCAGCACGGAGGAGUACCCACACCUGAAGCCGGCCCGCUACCGCCGAGGCUUCAUCCACAACGGCAUCAUGGUCCUCCCAAGGCAGACGUGUGGCCUCUUCACACACACUAUCUUCUACAACGAGUACCCUGGUGGCUCCAGCGAGCUGGACAAGAUUAUCAAUGGGGGCGAGCUGUUCCUCACAGUGCUCCUCAAUCCCAUCAGCAUCUUUAUGACACACCUAUCCAACUACGGGAAUGACCGGCUGGGCCUGUAUACUUUCAAGCACCUGGUGCGGUUCCUGUACUCCUGGACCAACCUGCGGCUGCAGACACUGCCGCCCGUGCAGCUGGCCCAGAAGUACUUCCAGAUCUUCUCUGAAGAGAAGGACCCCCUCUGGCAGGACCCCUGUGAGGACAAACGCCACAAAGACAUCUGGUCCAAGGAGAAGACAUGUGACCGCUUCCCAAAGCUUCUCAUCAUUGGCCCUCAGAAAACAGGCACCACAGCCCUCUAUUUAUUCCUGGGAAUGCAUCCGGACCUAAGCAGCAACUACCCCAGCUCGGAGACCUUUGAGGAGAUCCAGUUUUUUAACGGCCACAACUAUCACAAAGGCAUUGACUGGUACAUGGAGUUCUUCCCUAUCCCUUCCAACACCACCUCUGACUUCUACUUUGAGAAGAGCGCUAACUACUUCGAUUCUGAAGUGGCGCCCCGCCGGGCAGCUGCCCUGUUACCCAAGGCCAAGAUCCUCACCAUCCUCAUCAACCCGGCGGACCGGGCCUAUUCCUGGUACCAGCACCAGCGCGCCCAUGAUGACCCCGUGGCCCUGAAGUACACCUUCCACGAGGUGAUCACAGCCAGCCCAGAUGCGUCCUCCAAGCUGCGUGCCCUGCAGAGCCGCUGCCUGGUCCCCGGCUGGUACGCCACCCACAUUGAGCGAUGGCUCAGCGCCUUCCACGCCAACCAGAUUCUGGUCUUGGAUGGCAAACUGCUGCGAACAGAACCUGCCAAAGUGAUGGACACAGUGCAGAAAUUCCUCGGGGUGACUAACACCAUUGACUACCACAAAACCUUGGCGUUUGAUCCAAAGAAAGGAUUUUGGUGCCAGCUGCUCGAAGGAGGAAAAACCAAGUGUCUGGGCAAAAGCAAGGGCCGGAAAUACCCAGAAAUGGACCUGGAUUCCCGAGCUUUCCUGAAGGACUACUACCGGGACCACAACGUCGAGCUUUCCAAGUUGCUGUACAAGAUGGGCCAGACAUUGCCCACCUGGCUGCGGGAGGACCUUCAGAACACCAGGUAGCCACGGCCAUCACUGCCAGACUGAACACUUGUGACAGCAGGGAUGUCCCGCUGUAUGCUGAGCCAGACUGACCUGCGGAGAAGGAGCGGGCCGGGCUGGCCAGGCACGUAUGAGCAAUACUCUGCUGAGGCCCGUGCAGGGCCAGGAGAAGCGAGGCAGGUCCACAAGCGCCUCAGAGCCUCCACUGCUGGGUCUGUGGCCUACCGGAUCUCCCCAGCACAGAGGUCCAUUCCGCUCACAGCCUCCCUGGGGAGGCCACUUCCUGUUGGUGGAAGGCUACUUCCUAUUGGUAGAAGGCCACUUCCUGUUGGUGGAAGGCCACUUCUUGGUGGGAGAGAGUCCACAAGACUGUCUUCCUGCCCUUCACUGUGUUCUACCAACCACACCCUGUUCUUCAUCCCCUUCCCCUGCUCCAGCAGGGCGUCCCCUCAGUAUUAGCUGCCAUAUUUUCCUUGUCCUCCAGACAGUAAGGGAGAAGAGCCCAGCUGGGUCUUUUGCCAAACCAGGGAGAAAGACUAGACAUUUCCCCUGAGUGUUUUGAGCCGGGGCCUUCACAGGGGACUGGGUGCCAGAGGUGGUCCUUAGGUGGAUGAGGGUGGCCAUCUUAAGAGAUUCAUGCCGCACCUCCAUGUUUUGCUUAAUACCUUCCCAUCUCACCUUCCCUUUUGGGAAAGAAUCUCUGGUUCCUACAGUUCCUACCCAGUCCGCAAGGCCUCUUCGAAGGCCAGGGGCACUGCCAUGCCAUUUGGGUCCAGAGACUCAGGUCUUGAUCUCACCCAGUCUUCUCCUGGGGUGUGACGUGUGUGGUGUUUCCUGUGGUAAGGGCGGAGGCGGGUCAGGAGUCUGCAGUACACACAUCCCAUGUACAUACAUCGUUCCCACCCACCGCCUCGGCCAGAAAACGUGGUGGAGCUGUGGAGACUGCGGCCUGCUGCUCUGCCCACAUGACCUGUGGCCGAGGGUUCCCAGAGACCCCCUAACCUCUCAAAUACUAAGAAGCUAAAGUAUUUUAAUAUUUUGUUUUUUUUCUUGGUGCCAGAGUUCAAACCCUGGGUGCUGGGGUCGCACUGUGUUACAUAUAUAUAUAUAUAUAUAUAUAAAAUGUGUAUAUAUAUAUAUUAUAUUUUUUGGUUGGGUUUGUUUUUAAUUCAGUCUUAUACAAUGUUGGUAAGCCCCAGUAUCAAGGGUGUCAUAUCUUAGUGCUAGAGAAUGAGCUCUGAGGGAAGGAGGGUGUGUCAGAAUGUAUCCAGACCCCACGCAGACAGUGUGGGGUCGAGGGAGAGAUCUCUGUUCCCUCUCACAAGUGCCACAGCGGUCUGGGGCCACCCCAGGGAAACAGGCAGUGACACAUACCAAGAAGACCAGCUCUCUCCAGGCAGUCUGGCUCUUUGAGGCCCGUGGUCCUGGGGGAUUGGGGCCACAGGAAGUAGCUAGGGCUAGGGCAGACGCACUGGUGCAGCUGGCCUGGCCCUCUCCCUCCUCACAUGGUGCUAGGUUGGGGGCUGCCCUGGGCGCAGGAUGCCCCCGGGACCCACAGAGCUGUCUCCAGGCCCCUGUAGGGACCUCUUGACUAGUUUCUCCUUGGGUUUUGCUCCUGCCCCGCUUUAACAAUGUGAAGUGUCUAAGGCUAGGGUGCCUCCCAGCCUCCCUCAACUGCCAAUUCAGCUUCCGCCGGACGCUCGGGAAGUUGUUGCUGGAGAGCCUUGUUCCAGAGACUCUCGCAUCUUGGGUGGGAUGGGUCCUUUGAGGGGUACAAAGCAGGUCGAGGAGGGGAGAGGGCCUACGUGGUCAGUGUCACCUCUGGUGGGCAGCAGAGCUGAGAGUUGAACUCGGGGCCUCCAAUUCUGAGUCCAGUGCUCUUCUUCCAAUACCACACUGCCUCUAAGCCCACUGUGGGACCCUACUCUGUGCUAGGUCCCUGUGCCUCCCUCAGUCACAGCUGUGGUCAUUCCAGGACAAAGGGACAAACCACUCUUCCCAGCCAGGUGCCUUUGAGCCUUCUCAUCCCCAGAUGUGCGUUUGCUCCUCUGGUUCUUCCCCAUCGGGAGGGUCCUCCCCAGCUUGUGUUCUCACUGGUUCCCUCUUCUCAAGUUCCCCACUUGCAGUGUGUAACGAGGGCGGGUUUCCCCUGGUCCUGGCCGAGGGUCUAGCAGGGAUGGAAGGCAAGUGCCUGAGGACAGGGCCAAUUCCUAUCCUCCACUGCUCGUGAGGACAGCUGCCAGCCAGAGCCUAGCUUCCAGAGUGAGCAGGGCUCUGGUGCAAGCCCUUACCCUCCCUUCCUGCCUGUGGGGACUGUUGGCUGUGAUCUGGGCUUGGACCCUGCACUCUGAGGUCUGCCCUCUGGGCUAGAGCCCGCUCCCACCUCCUGCACAGCCUGGAAAGCUGGCAGCUCUGUUCCCUCUCUCCAGGCUCGUGUACACAGGCAAGCUGGAGACCCUGCAAGAGCCAAGCAGAGAGCCUGGACUCGGGCUCGGCUUUUUUGGGGAUCUUGUGACCAGACCUGCUGCCUGUUCUGUCAGUGAGGUCACUGCUGCUCUGUCCCUUUCCACAGCCAGGACUUGGAGCAUGAGUAUGAGGAGAGGGCGUUCUGCUGUCCUGGGCUGUCAGCUAACAGCCACACAGAUACCUGGCGCACAUAGGGCAGCACGGUCAGUCUUCCGCACCCACAGGUUCCCUGUUAGCAUUUGGCCAAAAAAGAGGAAAAAAAGGUUUAAAUUGCAUGGAUGACUCCACCUCCAUUCUGUGUCCCCUCUACCCUUUUCUGCCCCAGGGUGGGUGCCACCACAGCUGCCUCAGUUCCUUAGGAUGAGUCUGAGCUAAAGCAGAGCCUCUCUUGAGCCCUGUGUUGGAGCAGCUGGUGCUUCCUGGUGAGGUGAACUCCUGUGUGGGCCUGCAGAGACUGGUGGCCUCUGCAGCUAUGUUGGUGGGAAGAGCAGUUCCAAAACAUCGCAAAAACAUCUCACCAGAUACUUGACUGUAAAUGCUACCUGGCGUCUAGAUUGAAAAUUACAGGAUUUUGCUGCAUUUGUAUUUUUCUCUGUGUGUAUGUUUUUCUGGCCCAGUUUAAAAGUAAUUUGCAGACAUCUUGACACUUACCCUUAGAUGCUUCUGCCCAUGUUCCCUAAGAGGUGGCACCUGAGCCACGGCUAAGACAGAUAACAGGGAUUUCCCAGCAACAUUGGCUGUCCCUAAUAACUCACCUGGGUUUGGAAUUGGAGUCAAGCAAGGUGCACACUUUGCAUCUUGCAGUGUGUUUUAAAAAUCUCUCUGAAUGCUAAUUCUUUCUGCCCAUCUGAUUUUCCAAUGAUGAUGUCUGUGAGAUUGCCAGGCCUGCCAUCAUGUGGAGUCCCAUGUUCCAGAUAUCUGCUUCCUCCUGGUGUCGCCUGGCCAGUUCCUUUAUCCCUGUAUUUUGGAAGGUCGUUUGGCCAUUCACACUGAUUAGGCAGAUUCCUCCUGCCUGAGUGGCACCUCCACUGUCAUCUGUAGGAGACAGAGGGGCCAGCUGAGAGCUGCAGGAGCUCAGGGGAGGGGACUGGGAGAGGCUGGAGGAAGGGCCAGAGGGGAUGCACAAGGGGCCCCAGCCGGGCUCUGGUCUGAUGGAGCGAGACUCCCGGUUUAGGGGAGUCUGGCUGCCCUCUGGCCCUGGUCGUGGGCUGCGGGGUAUAGGACCCAGCACCCAUCUCAUCUUUCUCGUUCUGUUUUGUGGUCCUGGGGUUUCUGCUUCGCGGAAGCCUCUGGUCUGCAUGCACUGGAGCAGAGCCAAGCCUCUGGCUUGUGGCAAGAAGGGCCUUGAUGAGGAAAUGCUCCCCAAGCCGUGGUGUCGGGAGAAGAGCACUGGACAGAGGCAGGAACUGUGAAGUUUUGUCCCACUGGGUACAGUUGGUGGCUGCAUGACAGUCUUUCUCCCAGGGCCUCAGAUUGCCCACCUGUAGAAUGAGCCGGCGGGGCCUACAGCAGAGAGGUCUGAAAACAUCCAGGCAGGAAGCAGCUCUGUUCUAGUGGAGGUCAGGAGGGGGGCCCAGACUUUCCUCCUGGCAGUGCCGGGUCCCCACUUCGGCGGCUCUGGGCUGCACACCCUCACUGCUCAGAGGGCUGGCCAGCAUUUAGCUCCCGUGGGAGACAGGCAUGGACUUUGCGUGCAGCCAGCGCCCGCAGUGAGAAUGGGGGAGACCGAAGCUGGGUUUCAUCCUACGAUAUUCCCUGCUCAGCCCGCCACUGCUCCUCUUGGGAGGACGACGGGGUGGAGAGGGCUUUCUAGGGCUGAGCUAGCUUUUCCUAUAGCAAGAGGGCUCCUUUUGUAAUUUGUGCAUGAAAUUCAUGUGGCUUCCUGGGGAGAGUAGAGGGCUGACUGCACGGGUGGGGGGCACAGGGGAGCAGGCCGAGACUCCUUCCCUGUGGCGGGGCAAGGCUGGAGAGGGGUGCUGCCUGCUCACCCGUUGAGCUCUUGAACCAGCCAUUUUGGGUUGUGUUAAAAGUGGGAACCUUCCUCCAUUAAUGUACAAUCUCGAACUAACUGCUAAUAAAGUGGGGUUCUGUUUGUA